AGAAGAUGGCGGCGUGCAGCGCGCACCGUGCUGUCCUCCGGACUCUGAGCGGGUUCAGGUCUGCAGGAUCCUGCAGGAUCUCAGCUGGAGGCGGAUCUCACCUGAGCAGACAUCAGAGCGGCUCUGUGACAUCACAGCCUGGGGCAGGAACACGCUCGGCAUGCUGGGUAAAUGUCAGCAGACAUGAGUCCAUUGGGAGAAACCUCCAGAUCACACAGAGAGGAAGAGGAGGAGGAGGAGAAGGAGGAAGAGGAGGAGGAGAAGGAAGAGGAGGAGGAGGAGGAGUACUGUGUGCAGCUUUCACGUUCUCUUUCUUCAGGACGGAGGAAGACAACCGAGAUGAAGCUCAGAAGAAAGAAGACGAGCUGAUUCUGCUGCUGAAGAGAGCGAAGCUCAGUGUGUAUCGUGGUCAGCUGCAGGCUGCCUCUGGUUUCCUGCAUCAAGCCGUCGUUCUGGCUCAUCAGACCAACAACAACCAAGCCAUCAUCUACACAUACAGCCAGAUGGCGAACCUAGCCUAUGUACAGGGGCAGCUGGACAGCGCAGAAAAACUCUUCAAAGCAGCGAUGAGCUUCAUGCUGUCAGGAGGAACGCCACAGGAUGAUAACGCCAUCAUUGAGAUGUCUCUGAAGCUCGCCACCAUCUACGCUGAACAGAACAAGGUGGAGCUGGCGGAGCAUGGGUUCAGGUUCUGUACAGAGUCUCUAGAAGCCAAACUGGAGAAGCAGAAGGAGAUUCCAGCAGAGGAGCAGACAGAGGAGCAGGAGACUCUGAGGAAGGACACGCGCCUCCUGCUCGGCCUCUGCUUUGACUCGCGGGCUCGAUACCGAGCAGCAACGCUGCACCUCACACAAGCUGUACAAGACUAUCAGAAGGCUCUGAUCAUCUGCAGCCAGGAGCAGGGAGACACACACCCACAGACUCUGGUGCUGAUGAGCGACAUGGCCACCAUCUUGGAUCUGCAGGGUCGCCAUGACGACGCCCUGGUGCUGGUGCAGCAGGCGGUGGAUCUGAGCCGCUCCGCCGGACACCCGGACCAACACGUGUUGCUAGGCAACAUGGCAGGCAUCCUGCUGCACACAGGUCGGCUGGACGACGCGGUCCAGUUGUAUCAGGAGGCUCUGAGUCUGGCCCGGCAGGCUGGAGACCAGGAGGCUGUGGAGCAAAUCCACCAGGGACUGAAGGAGGUGAAGAAGAGGAGGAAGGAGGCAGAGGAGGUGAAGGAGGAGAAGAAGGUGAAGGAGGAGGAGGAGAGGUGAAGAAGAAGACCUUCUGGUUCUGCCUGGUUCCUCUUCAUUUCUCCUGGUUCCUCCUGGUUCUUCUGGUUCCACCCGGUUCUUCUGGUUCUUCCCGGUUCCUCCUGGUUCCUCUUCGUUUCUUCUGGUUCCACCUGGUUCUUCUGGUUCCACCCGGUUCUUCCCGGUUCCUCCUGGUUCCUCAGCUGUUGAUGUUAUGAAUUAACAGUUAUGUGUUUAAUGAGCUCAUAAAGUUCAGAUUUGUGUUUGUAAAUGUUUGUUUUCAUUAAGUUUCUGAAACUGCUGAACGAUCUGAAUAAAUAUGAAUUAAUGUGAAUAACUGAGCACCGGUCAGUCUGAUCUUUAUGAUGUU